AAGACCAACACCGGGCAUGUGCGGAACAUCAGACCUCCAUCUGAGCAGAAGAGACACAGACGUCUUUCCAGCUUGCACGAUUUCAGUCAUAUCACCAUGAGCAAGAACACCCUGUCCUGUAACGGUGUGCUUGAGAGAGGGGAUUACCUCAUAUCCAACAACGGGAACUUCAAGGCCAUCUUUCAGGAGGAUGGCAACUUUGUGGUCUAUGGCUGGAAGCCAAUCUGGGCGACCAACACUGGUGGCUUGGCCGGUGACCGAGUGAUCAUGCAGAGUGACUGCAACUUGGUCAUGUAUGACGGUGCCUCCGUCAGCCCUAAUUCCCUUUGGGCAUCGGCUACCAGCUACCGUUCUGGACCCCCGCACUUGAGGGCUCAUGCCCGCAUCGAGAACGACGGAACCCUGGUGGUACGUGACAGCGAUGAAGUCCUUUGGAAGUCGACGCAAUGAUUGUUAUAUCCGAGGUGGUGUGUGAAGCUUAUGAUGAUAUGAUGUAUGAGCUUUGUAAAGCCUUCUCAGAUUACUCGCAUUGUCCAUGGCAGAGCCAGAAUUGGCAAUAAUAAA